CGCUUUCCCUGGCGCUUCGUCAGCACCCCGGCCCCUGAACUUGGUCCCGGUGGUGGCUCGCCCCUCCCUGAUCGGGGAUUGUGGUGUCUGGGCCUCGUGGAAGCCGCCGGAGGUGGCAGCGCGGACUUACAGAGCCCUGGUCCAGCCCCCUGCCCACCGAAAACUGUGACCCUCUUUCCCACCCUGAAGAAUUGGCCCAACAGUCUUCUGCGCCUGGUGCUGACGUUUCUGUGUUUGGCUUCUCCUGCUUCCCUGGGUGGAGAUCCCGGGAGGGUCUCGGUCAGCAUCACCCACCGGAACACUAUUCUCUUAAUCCGCAGCCAGCCGCCCACCCCUGUCCCUCCUCUCCGUGGGCAUCUUUUUAGCUUCUAAGGUUCUUGCGUUUUCAAAUCCAGAAGACAGUGCACGAAGCCAGGGGACAUCAGCCAUGCUCGAAACAACUUGGCCUCAGGUUUUUGUGUGGACAUAAGUUUUCAACUCAUUUGGGAAGAUACCAAGGAGCGUGACUGCUGGAUCAUAUGGUAAGAGUAUGUUUAGUUCUGUGAGAAACUGCCAAACUGUCUUCUAAAGCGGCUGUACCAGUUUGCAUUCCCACCAGCCAUGAAUGAGAGUCCCUCUUCCACAUCCUCACCAGCAUUUGGUUGUCCGUGUUCUGGAUUUGGCUCUUCUGAUAGAUGUGAGCCAGUGGCCUUUGAGGACGUGGCCGUGCACUUCACCCAGAAUCAGUGGGCCAGCCUGGCCCCUGCGCAGAGGGCCCUGUACCGGGAGGUGAUGCUGGAGACGUACGCCAAUCUGGCUGCCCUGGUCGCAUUUCCAGUCCCCAAACCUGCUCUGAUCUCCCGGCUGGAGAGAGGGGAAGCACCCUGGGGUGCCGAUCCCUGGGCAGCAGAGGUUUUGAGCCGCGCCAGUCCAGGUGGUGAGUCCCGGAUCAAGGAUGAAGAGCCAGCUGUAAAGCAGGAAGCCUCUGGAGACACAGAGUGGCCCAAGGUGCCGGGAGGUGGGCUCAUUAGAGAUAUUUCUCAGCACCUCGGUUUUAAAAGCAAGGCCACGUGGCCAACUUUCAGCCUGAAUCCGAAUCUGAUACUUCGAGGGGGAAUGAAGUUCUACGAGUGCAAGGUGUGUGGGAAAAUCUUCAGGUACAACUCCAAGCUUAUUCGGCACCAGAUGAGUCACACGGGGGAAAAACCCUUCAAAUGUAAGGAAUGUGGCAAAGCUUUCAAGUCCAGCUAUGACUGUAUUGUGCACGAGAAGAAUCACGCGGGAGAAGGGCCCUAUGAAUGCAAGGAGUGUGGCAAAGGUUUGAGUUCCAACACCGCCCUGACCCAGCAUCAGAGGAUCCACACCGGGGAGAAACCCUAUGAGUGCAAGGAGUGCGGCAAGGCCUUCCGGAGGAGUGCGGCCUACCUCCAGCACCAGAGGUUCCACACUGGGGACAAGCUCUACAAGUGCAAGGAGUGUUGGAAGGCCUUCGGUUGUAGGUCACUCUUCAUCGUCCACCAGAGAAUUCAUACGGGGGAGAAGCCCUACCAGUGCAAGGAGUGUGGCAAGGCGUUCACGCAGAAGAUAGCCUCCAUUCAGCACCAGAGAGUGCACACCGGAGAGAAGCCGUACGAAUGCAAGGUGUGUGGGAAAGCCUUCAAGUGGUACGGCAGUUUCGUUCAGCAUCAGAAGUCGCACCCCGAGGAGAAAAAGCCGGUCCCCACGAGUCCCCAGUGCCCCUCUUCAGCCCCGUCGCCGGGUCCUCUCCAGAGUCCCGGCCUGGCUCCAGCGGCGGCCGUGCCGUCCCUGACCUUUCCGCAGGCCGUGCUCCUGCCUACCUCCGGGCCCUUGUUCAUGCUGCUGCCCGCACCGGGCCUGCCUUCGCCGCCCGUCCAGAUAGUACGAGUCCUCCAGGGCCUCGCUCCCAUCGGAAAGCCUUUCCCAAUCAGUCUCACCCCUGCCCUCCCCCCAUGAGCUUUGUCUGGCCACCCCUGUGGCUCACACCCAGCACAUCUCCAACCUGAUUUGAGUUUCACUUGUAUUUUUUUUCUCACGUUACAUGUGUUUCCACUGUUUCAGCAUACACUCCAUUGUAAUCUAUGUAUUCAGAGACUGUGUUUGUAUAUUUUCUUCUGGAAAUGGAAGUACUUGACCUUGCCAUUGGCCCCUUUCAGGCGUGAACACUAAUGGCUAUACCUACACAGUGGGGCGGAGGUGUCUCGUCUUAGAAGGAACGUUAGAGAAGUUUGGGAGGGAACACAUAGGCCAUUAGAGAGAAGAGCCUAAGGGGAAAGGAGUAGGCAUUCUUUGCUCCUGUGGGAGUAGAGAAUUAGAACAAUUUUGCAAUAACAGACUUUAGAAAUUAAUGCAGAUUGUUUAGUGGACUGAGAUGGUGUAUGAAUGCAGUUGAAGUUCAUUGCCCCUGGCUCAGAUCAUUGAGGACCUCACACAUCUCUGCAAAAGCUCAUGUGAAAUAACCAGUGAGAAAUAAUAUGAAUGCAU